AUGUUAAUAAGAGAAAUCAUCAAAUGUGCAUGUUUUGCAGUAAUCAAAAUUAUGUGCAUCACAUUGAUGGGAUUUGCAGCUUCAAAAUUCUCUGGAUUUAACACACAAGUGAGAUCAAUUUUUUCUAAAGUAAUAUUUACUUAUUUUAUGCCAUGUGUUGUUCUUUAUCAAGUAGCUACAGCAAUAGACACGAUCUCUGAGCUUAAAGAGUUAUGGAUUCUUCCAGUCGCGAGUAUUAUUCAUACAUCUCUUCAAUUUUUUCCUAUUUUGGUAGUUUCAUAUAUAAUUAGAAUACCAAAAGAAGACCGUAGUCUUUAUUCUUUUGUUCUUGGUUUUGCUAAUGUAAUGUACAUUCCAAUGGCUGUUAUUGAAGCAUUAACUGGAGAGACAGAUGAAUUAGGGGAAAACGCUAAGAGUAAAGCAAAUCAAUAUAUAUGUGCAUAUCAAAUAUCUUUUAUGGUGACGUUUUUCAUUAUUGGAUAUGACUAUUUUAAUCUUACUACAAGAGAACGGGAAAAUAAAGGAAAAACUGAUUCUCAAAUAAAAGAACCUGAAGAAUUGGCUAUAGAAAUGGAGGAAACCCAGCCAGUAGAGAAAAAAGAGGAAGCUUGUAAAGAAAUUGAAUUCAAACAACCAACGAAAUCAGAAGAAAUUAUAAAAGAUAUUGAAACCCCAAAAACUUCUAAAGGAGAGGACACAAACAUACAUAAAGAAGAUGAAACUUUAACUAAAGAAGAGAAUACAAAUAUACCAAAAGAAGAAAGUAUUAAGAUAGAUAAAACUUUAUCUAAAGAAGAAGAUAUUAAGACAGAUAAAACCGUAUCUAAUAAUAAAAAAGAUAUAUCUGGGGAAUCACUUAAAAUAAACAAGAUGAAAAUAGAAAUAGAUAAGUUCAAAAAGAAAUUAUAUAACAUUAAAACAAAAUUGUGUUAUCCUUUUGUUUAUGUAUGGAAUAAGUUCCCUUCAAUUGUUAGGUCUUCAAUUAAAAACUUCUUUUCUCCACCUACUAUUUGUACUAUAAUUGGGGUUAUUUUAAUGUUACUUAAAUGGGUAAGAGAUCCUUUGUUUAUAAGAACUGAUUGGAGUAUCAUUGGAAGAUGUAUUAAUUACAUGGGAAGUGCUGCUGUAUUCUGUGCCUUGUUUCUUUUAGGUGGAAGUUUUGAGAAGGGACCUUUUGGUAGUUCUAUUCCAUUUUGGAAGAUUGUAGUUGGUGUUUUUGUAAGAAUGGUACUUUUUCCAGCUGUUUCAUGGAUUUGUACAUUCUUUAUGUGGAAGCAUGAUAUUCUUCCUUCAAGUAAAGUAUUUUAUUUUGUUCUACAAAUGGAGUCAUUUGCUCCACCUGCUAUUAAUGGGUUAAUUGUUGUUAAUGUAUGUUAUCCAAAAGGAGUUAAAUCAUGUUCAGCUAUUCUGUUUUGGUGUUAUAUGUUCGCUAUAUUAAACAUCAUUUUUGGUGUUGUUUUAUCAAUGAAAUCUUUAGAAUGGAAAUAA